CGCAACCAGUCACCAUGGCUCUACAUAGUCUUUGGCACAGUCUUUGCUGGUUCUUGGCCCUCAGCAUCACCGGAUACAGUCGCUUUCUGACGGUUCCCACCACGCCAUUCAUCGAGCGAAACGGCACAUCUUUUUCAAUCCGUCAACUGGCAAGCAUUGUGACGUUGAUUCCCCCAACACUUCAUGAGUUUGCAACAACAUUCCAAGAAGACCUUCGAUCGUCGCUGGGGCUGGAGGUGCCGAUCACUUUCAACAAGAAAAGAGGCCGCAAUGCUAUUUUUCUAACUCUGACUAACCAUACAAGCUUCCAGGAUGCUGCUGGUCGGUGGACAUCUGAGGGUUAUGCGUUAGAUAUCGACAGUCAUGGUAUCACCAUUGCUGGAGCAAGCCCCUUGGGAGUCUGGUGGGGAUCUCGCUCAGUGAUUCAAGCAGCUGUCUUGAAUGGCUAUGCUCUCCCACAUGGAUCGGCGGUUGAUGCGCCAGGAUGGUCCAGUCGAGGAGUGAUGCUCGACGUCGGCCGCCAUUAUUAUCCACCUCACUUUCUGAUAGAACUAUGCUCGUACUUCGAUAACCUCUACAACAAUGUUGAUCUGUACUCCACACAAGCCUCGAUGGAGCUUUACGCGGCGUUCCGGCCAUGGUCCGAGGAUCCUGCCCUCGCAGGCCUGAACAACCGCGCCAACGACACCUACACGCAGGCACAAUUCGAUCAAAUCCAGCAUCAGUGUGCGCGCAGAGGCGUUACCAUUAUACCUGAGAUUGAGGCACCGGGUCACGCUUUGGCGAUCGUUCAAUGGCGGCCGGAGCUAGGUCUGAAAGAUCUCAGCAUGUUGAACAUCAGUCAUCCGGAAACAAUCCCAACCAUGAAAACCAUCUGGAAGACACUUCUUCCCUGGUUUCACAGCAAGACCACCGGAUUUGUCAAUCAGUUGAAUGACUACAUCAAGGAUCUUGGCAAGGCUGUACGCAUCUGGGGCACGUUCACCCUCGCUCAAGGCGCCAAUGUCAGCAAGGAUGUUUCGAUUCAGCAUUGGGAGUACUUUGAGGACAAUCCUUACUUUGAUUACAUUCACAACGGAUACAAUGUUCUCAACUCGGACGAUGCAUUUUACAUCGUUGGAAAAUGGUCCGGAAGCUAUCCUCAAUACCUCAACAAGACGCGGGUGUUCUAUGGGAAUCCCGCUGGGGGACACAUCACUGCCCUGUGGAACGACUACGGGCCUAAUGCGACGACCGUAUCGGAGGCAUAUUACUCGUGGCGACCUGUCUUGCCCGCCCUUGCCGAUAAACAGUGGGGAGGUGAUCUCCUUGAAGCAGAAUAUGACGAAGUUUUCCACAAAAUCCAUGGACAGAAUCCUGACCGCCGGAUCUCUAGCAAAGGGAAAAGAAUCCUUGAGUAUCACUUCCAGAACAGCAGCAGCACCGUUGCGGAUCUGUCAGGAAACGACUAUCACGGUACAAUUCAUGGCUGCCAAAUCCAGCACUCAGCCAUCAUCUUCUCCGAUCAGUGUUAUCUUCAAACCCCGCUCGAUAGUAAGGGACGGGACUACACGCUCUCAUUCUCCGUCAAGCCUACUUCUUCCGUGCCUGGGGCCCUUUUCACGGGCCUUGACUCAGCGCUUUUGAACGGCAACGGGUCAAUCAGCAAUAUCACUUUGGUCAGUGGCGGCAACGCGUAUUCACUAAACUAUAGUCUCCCAGGCAAUAAAACAUUCCUCCGAGUAUCGGAAGGAAAUGGUGCGCAGACUAGCUUGGAGUUCCUGACGAGAUUGGGUGUCAAUGGAGAUAGUUUGGUGUGGGCGCCCAUAGCAAUUGAGGCGCCUCUGGCGAGGGUUGCGGAGGGAUUCACGGGGAUGAUGAGGGCUGUUUCGCUGUGGGGGGUUGCAAAAUGA